GGGAAGAGAGAAAGGGGGAGAGCAAGUAAGAGAGGCAGCGAUGGAGAGAGAGAGGAAGAGAGAGAGAGAGAACUGGCAGUCUGGUGGCCUUGCAUAACACACGUUGGAGCUGCCUUGCACGCAGGACUUCAUGUGAGCUUCACCAGAGAGGGGGGACUUCCUUUAUCGUCAAGCCGUCCUCAGCAGAGUAGUAGGCAGAGGGUGCUCAGCUGGGAGCCUACAGGGGGAUGUACCACUGGGCUGGACCGCCGUAGAACCCACUCCUCUGGCACCGACCUGCACAAAGGAACCAGUGAGGAGGACGAAAGCACGUCCACAGCUCCCAGGCAGCAGAAAGCUCAGGCUAUGCUUAGCAAGCAGAGGACUGUGGACUGACUGGAGGGGUCAAGGGUGACAAUCUGGAGGCUUCCCCUUUUUACGUCCUGCAUGUGACGACUCUGUGUGUGUGGCUGUGUGGGUGUGACGGUUUGUUUAUGACUGUGUGUCUGAUAGUGUUUGUAUGACUGUGUGCCUGAUAGUGAGUGUCUGACUAUAUGUGUAUGGCUGUGUGUAUGACUGUGUGUCGAACUGUGUGUGUCUAAAUGCAGUCCGUUGUUCUCUGUGGUGUCAUUAGGGGUGUGUGUUUGUUGGUUUCACUGUUCUAAUUAUAACUGUCUGUGGAAAAUCUAGCAGACUGCCUGCUUUGUGUAUGUGCUUUCUAUGCCCCUGCUGCUUAAUGCUUUUCCCCAUUGUGGAUGUGGGUGGACGUAUGUGUGCACGUUUGUGUGUGUGUGCAAGUGUGUGUACUAUACUGCCUCCAGAGCAUGUUGAGAGAACCUUCUAUAGCUUAGGACAUACUGUACUAUAGAUAGCAGACUGAGACUCCAUUCCUUGUACAGUGUGUGUCGUCAUGUUGUGGUGUGUAACGGGUUUAUUUGUGUGUAGUGGCCUGCGAACAGUGUUGUUCUGCCAGUGAAAAGUGGAGCAUGGGGUUGUGAUGGUGUCGAAGCCAUGGCAGGCUUAAAGACUCAGUUUCCGUGUUCCCUUGGCGUUGUUAGGGCUCUGGAAUUAUCACACUGUUGUCAUGGUGUUGUCGUGGCGGGGUUGUCACGGCGUUGCCGUGGUGAUAUGUCUGUCGUGUGGUUGUGUUGCUGAUGAGGGAUCUCUCAUGGAGGAGGUGUGUGUGUGUGUGGAGGGGGGGGGGGGGGGGUGACUACACCACUGUGAUGCUGCAGGCUCUGCUCAAUGUGGGUCAGGCAAAGCAGCUUUCUCUUUUUGCUUUCUAUCCCUGUCUGUCUGUCUUCUUCUUCCUAACACCUCCCUUUCCCUCCUCCUGUCCAUCUCCCUUUCCUCUCCAUUGUCUGUCCCCCCCUCCCUUCUUUCUACUUCCCUAUCUUUUCUCCUACUUGCCACCUUUUUCCCUCGGUCUCUCUCCUUCCCAUUCGCUCUCUCUCACUCUCUAUGACUCUUUCCCCUCCUCUCUCUUCAUCUUCUCUUCCCUUUUCUCUCUCUCCAUGUAUCACACACUCUCUUUCCUCAACAUAUUUCUCACUGCCAUCUUGCUUUCCUUCUGUCUACCUUCCUCCCUCUCUUACCCUCCCCCUCCCACCCACCCAUCCUCUUUUACCAGCCCCCCCCCCUUCUCUAUUGCACCUCCUUUUUGUUACGUUUGGUUAAUCUAGCUGGCUGUGCGCUGAGAUACAGACUGUGGCUGCUUCUCCUAUGGAUGCCGUGACCUUGUCAAAGUCAUGGAGCCUGAGGUUGAUGGGUGCAAAUUGAGAUCCUCUGAGGUCGCCGCUGUGGUUUACCAUUCUAUUUAUACAUCAUGUUCAAGGGGCAUGUCUGCAGAAUAAAGGCUCGUCCAUACAUCAAACAACACUGGAUGACUGAACGGUUGGAUUUCAUGGUGUGUAAUAAUCCUCUUGAUGGAGGAUGCGUGUUUUUGUGGGUGCUUGUGUGUGUGGUAUGUGUGUUUGUGCGUGUGUGUGUGGUGUGUGUGUGUUUGUGCAUGCUUGUGUAUGUGGUGCGUGUUCGUGUUUGCCUGUGUGUGUGGACUUGAGUUUGUGUGUGUCCUGCCCUCCAUGUAGGUGUCCCUGGCUAAUGAACGACAGAGAGUCCUGUGCACUGAACCUCAGAUAAACCUGCAGGAGACACACACUCAGAGGGAGGGAGAGAGAGAAGAUUUGCACUGAGCCUGUGGAGGGAGCCGGCCAGACAGACAUGAUUCCUCAUGAAGUCCAUGGAUCUUCUCCGUCGCCAGGUGUGACUCCCUGCUCCUGAGGCUGAGGUCUGGAACCACCCAGCCGGGCAGACGGUCCUCCCUCCUCCCUCCAGCACCACACAGAGAGAGGGGCACAGAUAUAGUACUGGACCAAAAAAAAACACGACGAAGUGCACGAUGAAGUCCACUCAGGAGCGGAGUAAUGGCUGCCUGCCUCCUAAGAAACGAGAGAUCCUCGCGCUGGAACAGCGUCCGGUGGUCGUGGCCGCCACUGCAACGGCUGCCCCUGACAACCAGCACACAGAGAACCUGGCGUGGCUGGCCAGCGUAGCCAGCGAGCGCUGCCGGUCCACCGAAACCAGCAGUCCCCGGUUUCCUAUCUCCUCCCCCUCCUCUUCCUCCUCUGCUGCCCCCUCGCUUUCGGCGGUGCCCCUGACCUCCCUCCCCACCAUCUACCCCACGGCCCUCACCCAGCAGGGUGGCACCAUACAGUAUGCCCAACUCGCACCCAAUGUCCAGUUUAUCAGCUCCGCCCUCACCGGGCCCUACGCUGGCUACAUCUCCUCCCAGAUCCUCCCCACUAAUGCCAUCUCCAACCCUGCCUCUGGCCCACAGCGCCCCCAGCUUGAUGGCUACACCACCCUGGUCUCCCAGGGGAGCAAGGGCGAGCAGCAGCAGUUCCAAAUCAGCCUCUCCCCAGACCUGGCUGUCUCCUCCACCCACGUCUCCAGCCAGUAUAUCCACCUGGACAGCACUCCUCUGACUGUCUCCGCCCCCUCCGGACACCUCCAGCUCCACCCUCACUCGGGGGUCCUCCCCCAUACCCUCACCCUCGGCCCCUCCCAGCUGCUGGUGCAGUACGCCGACGGCCCCCCAGCCAAGAAAACGGAGGGGUCGAACAAGGGUCUGGUAAACGGAGACCUGGAGUUUGGACUGGGUAAGCCGACGGCUGUGGUGAAGGCAGCAGGAACUGGACAUCCACUUAACAACCAGCACCAGGUUCAUGGCUACGAGGCCAGGCAUAUCCUGCUGCCGGCAGACUAUGGCCAGGAGGGCUCCGGCCUGCAGACCUCCCUGGUCCUGGUGGCCAGCCCCCAGCCCAGCACCGGACCUGAGUUGGACACUGGCCCCAACAAGAUCAUCUCCUCCCUGGUCCACACUGACAAGGGGGGCAUCUGCCUGGGGAGACCAGUCUCCAGGACCUCCUCCUUCUCCUCCCUGUCCUCCUCCGACACCCUGAAGCCCUCCACCCCCCACACGGUCAUCCAGACCUCCCACCCUGCCGAGGAUCUGCCAGCGAGCCUCUACUCCUCCGGCCAGACCCCUAUUAUCGGCUACAUAGCCAGUACGGGCCACCAGCACGCCGUGAGCUACCACGCCACGCUGCCCCAGCACCUGGUCAUCCCUGGGGGCCAGUCCCUGCUCAUACCUGUCAGCAGCGCCGCCGGUGGCACCCGAACCUCAGACCUGGAGGUUCCUCGCUCCAUGACAGCAACGGCCACCACCCCUCAGCUGACUACCGCCAUGCCCCAUGCCUACCUCGCCACCGCCCUGGCCAAGUGUGAGUUGCUGGGCUCCGAUGGACACCAAACUCCUCCUGUGGUCCAGGCCCAGGUUUUGCCCAUUGUCCCUGUAAACUCCACCCCUACUGUGGUAGCUUCGUCCUCAGCCCCAGCCCCGGCCCCAGCCCUGGCCCCUGUUGCCCCUGUCUCCAUCCAGGCUUCCUCCACCUCUCCGGCUGCCCUGCCUCCUUUCUUCAUGCGCGGCUCCAUCAUCCAGCUGGCGGACGGGGAGCUGAAGAGGGUGGAGGACUUGCGGACCGAGGACUUCAUUCAGAGCGCUGAGAUCAGCAGCGAGCUCAAGAUCGACUCAUCUACCGUGGAGAGGAUCGACUGCAGCCCGACGCCCAACGCUGUGGUCAUUCAGUUUGCUGUGGGGGAGCUCAAGGCUCAGGUGUGUGUGGAGGUGCUAGUGGAGUACCCCUUCUUUGUAUUUGGCCAGGGCUGGUCAUCUUGCUGCCCUGACCGGACCACCCAGCUUUUCGAGCUGUCGUGUGCCAAGCUGUGUGUUGGCGACGUGUGUGUGUCCUUGACCCUGCGGAGCCUGAGGAAUGGCUCCCUGAUUGCCGGCCAGGGGUCAGAGAUCAAGCUGAGGAGCAGCCAGGGCCCGGAGCCCUUCCAGGGGCCAGGCCAGGGCUCGGAUUCCUCUGUCAGGACCAGUCCCAAUCAUACUGCACACAAAGCAGCCAAUGCAGGCUGUCUGGAGAAGGACAGAGGCCCUGGCCCAGGGACGGGAGCCUCAGGGAGCGCUGAGCUGAGACAGAUCGAACAGAGGAGAACACAGUCGGCCGAUGCUGACAAACCGCCGGCCCGUAAGCGGCGCUGGUCAGCCCCGGAAAGAGACCAGACGGAGAAAGCGGAGGAGGAGCCGCCCAUGACGCUGCCCAAACCCUCUUUCCUCCCUCACGAGGUGAAGGUCAGCAUCGAGGGCAGGUCCACCACUGGCAGCUGAGGACUGGGAAAAGUGUCACUUCUGGGGAAAAGAGGAUAACAAAAAUUGAAUGUUUGUGAUAUAUCGUUUGUGCUUUUCUUUUAUCUCUUAAAAAGAAAAUCCCUUAUUCAGAUUACUGUAAUAUAGAGUGAGUUUACACAGUAUUUACAUUUGUAUUGUUACAUACAGGCGAAGUUAGGACGUAAUGGAGGUUAGUGCAAUUAACCCUGAGAAAGGCCAAGAGCAAUGGGCUGGGCUGGGGACUGAGUGUAGAAACCACACAUCCAAGAUAAGCUCACCGCUUGACACCAAUGAUAAGGAGUCUUGUGAUACAACUUCUUUUUUUUUUACAGACAAACCAAUCAAGCAAUGUCACAUGUAGUUCCAUGUGUUUUUCCGCUGGGAAGCAGGGAAGACACAGGAAGGCCUCGGUGUAUGACACAAGUCCACCUCUCAGACUUGAUGAUAGUAAAGUGCUGUCUGUCUGGGGUGUGUGGUGUGGGGAAGGGGGGACAGGAAGUGGGAGGGGGGAUGACUGCUCCAGUAGCACUUUAUCUUGCACAGGUCGGACUGACGGAGACACCCCUCUGGUUAUCCCCAUGGAAACACAUUAGCAACUAACUGGAUUGGCGGUGAUGUCAUCCCUCCUGUGUAUCUCUUGCGAUUUGGGUUUGUGUUGGUCUUGAAUCUCUUGUUCAUUUAGUCUCUUCUUGGUAUUGAGGCUGCCCCCAAUACCAGUUGUGUGUGUCGUGGUGCUGUUUCACAGACAGGGAAGGAACAGGUGUAUGUUUGGGUGUAUUUGUUUUGUGAGUGAAUGUUCAAAUGUGUGUGUGCACAAUGUGUUCAUACAUGUGUGUGUGUUUGUGCUUGCAUGCGUGUAUAAGUGUGUGUAGCUCUCUGGCUCGAGUGUGUCCCAGUCUCCUCUUGAGCACACUGGCUUUGAGAUUGCAGGCCAGGAUAGGUCUGAAUGUACCUCUUAACCAUCACACUGUAUCUCUGUAAUACUGAGCUACAAACACGCCCAUCUCAGCUCGAUGAGCUGAUUGAUGGGUUUCUGUGUCACAUCAUUGCAGAGAUGCGCGCACAACUAGGGGGCAAAAAAGCUGCAAUGUUCAAGCAUUUCUAGCAGAGCAAAGCUCCAAAGCAGAGAUGACAAAGCAGAGUUGUUGUGAAGUAAGCUGCACUAAUUGCCAAAAAGAUGGAUGGAUACAGCUAUGGGGGUAAUUCAAUGCAUCUAAUGAUUUGUAUGCACGAAGAUUCUCCUUUGUAUAAACACUGGGCUUCUUUCUGAGAUAGGUGUAUGUGUAGGUAAGGCCAUAUGACCAUUGCCCACUUGAACAUCUAAAACACAUUUAUCGUCUUGAAUAGUGUAGGGAUUACAAGUAACGUUGUCUACGUUGUUUUCAAUGGCUAUUUACAAUAUUCUGACUUGCUAGCAAAGCAGUUUUUCUCCCUUGAUGUGAGCGCACCCAGUUAUGUGUGUGUACAAGAAACCCUCCUAUUAUAAAAUGCUAAUUACUGAACCCAGAUAUUUUGCUAUAUUAUGACAUUUCAGUCGAAACACAAAUAAGAAAUUGUGGUGAUUUGAUUUCAUGAAGGCCGAAUCCUGUGUGGAUAUAGCACGAGAUUGCAAUAUUGUGAUCAGGCAAACUGAUCCAACCCCUGGAGUCUGAACAAUGAUGUGUGAUUAAAGAUAAAAAAUCCACUCCACUAUUAGACCCUCCCUGCUCAGGCCCUGUUCCUGUGUGCAACAUUGAUAAUAUCUGUAUUUACGUAGGUCUGGUUAACAUAAGUUAUCCCCAGUCAUCAUUGCUAGAUCAUGGCUCUGCAUUGUUUUAACAAUACAAAUGCCCAGUGACCAGUGUACUCCAGGUUAAUCUUGCAAGGAGAAAUGCCAUUCAGCCUUUUGUUAUAUUUUGAUAGCUUUAAUUCUGGCACACAAGAUAGCUCUGUCUUUCUAUCUGUAGAUGACCCUGUCUUAUCAAAACUUGUACUCAAAACUGACACAGCCAGAAGGGGGUGGUUACUAAACAACCAUCUCCUACCUUGUACACUUGAUUCCUGACCCAUGUAAUCUCUGUUAGAUGGAUAUGAUGUUACUACAGAACAGCCAAAAAUAAAUCACACAUUAAACAGUAAUUACUCAGGAAUGGCAUGUGUGUGUUUGUGUGUGUGAGCGUGCAUGUGUGUGUGUAUACUAACCAGCAGCACUUUUAUGUAACUAAGGGUGAGAAGUGGAGUCUCCAUGCCCCUCAGUAAUGUUAUCAUGCCAACUCCCUCCUGUCCAACAGCUAGCCAGCUCCAGGAAUCAGAAGGUUGUACAUAUCAGAUCAUAGGCGAGGUGGUGAUGGUCAUCAAGUGUAGUGGUACAUAGGAAAGCACAUCUAUUAAUCAUUGGUCAACAUGAUCCUGGACUGACCAACCUCUCUGAACAAGAAUUAGGCCUGAUACAUUUUUGCUUCUUAGACAGAGAGAGAGAGAGAGAGAGAGAGAGAGAGAGAGAGAGAGAGAGAGAGAGAGAGAGAGAGGCAUGCAGGCAGGCAGGCAGGCAGGCCGUGUGAGUGUACUGAUCAGGUGUGCAUGGGCUCUUCAAAUCAUUCCAUUUUAGGCCAUCGGUUUUGCUGUGGUCUCCCGCUGUGUUUGUAACCAUUUCAAUAGAACAUGUUGAACUAAAUGUAUGAAUGUGUGAUAGGUUUCCAGGAGGAACAGCUUCUGAUAGAAGCAUUUCUACAAACAUCUCUGUUGUAAUCAACUUGCAAAUUUUUUUAUGAAUGUUAAGAUGAACUGCAGUCUAAAAGCAACCCCAAUGACGACAUGUCCAUUUAUUUGUUGUUUGAUCUGACACCUUUCCCUUGUUGUUAUAGUGGCUAAUCAGACUCCUGGACUGUUGUUUGUGUUUUGUCGGUGUUACAGGCAAACUGCCAGACAGACCUCUCAGGAUUAGACUCUGCCCUCUGACUGUUCUCUUUAAAUAUAUAUGUA